GCACGCGUGCGUAUAAAUGUUCUUUCUGAUCAACAACUGCGAUCUAUCGAAGUGUCUUUUUAUUUCUCGAAAGUGUACAUUUAUUGACGUUUAAGCCAGCAGAUACAAUAUAUGCAAUGACAUCAAGUCCCGAAAAAGAGCAAAAAUUAGCCAAAGGAUCCGAGAAAGAAGACAGUCAUUUUCUAGUGCCAAGUCCUAUACCUACCAGGAGAACACGCACCACAUCUCAGUCUAGUCUUGCUGCCGAUUCACCAUUGGAACAUGGUACAUGCAAGAGAUUUUGUCGUGAACGAGGUCAUGGCUUCAUCACUCCGGAUGAGGGAGAAAAACGAGAUAUCUUUGUGCACAUUUCAGAUAUUGAAGGCGAAUUUGUUCUCAAGGCUGGAGAUCGAGUGAAAUAUCGUACUGUACCCUUGCCACCAAAAUGUACAGAAAAACAAGCGGUACAUGUUGUUAUUACAAAUGCAAAAGGACCUCAUGACACUUGGACUCCAUUGUCUCACUCUAACAUGUCGUUUUGAACUUGACCAUGUAAAAUUCUUGAUGAUCUCCGUAAUAAUUGAUUUCAGAACCAUCACUGAUCUUUGAGCUUAUGUGGGGGCUCCUCCAUUGUAAUGAACGAAUAAUUUUGAUUGUAAUUGACUAUAAACAUAUUGAUUAGUUUUAACAUUGAAAGGUAAAACUGAAAUAACACUUGACAGCAAUAUUUUAUGAUAUUUAAUUACUUUCAUGGCAUGCAUUAUUGAAGGAAUAAAGAUUUCCUCGAAUACUGGCCAAUGGCCAAACACUAUGAAUGCUAAUAUAUUUUUGUGUUCAUGUUCCAGGCUAGUGUUUAGUUGUUUUUGUGAAAAGUUUAGUUUUCGAGAACUUCAACCUUCAAACAUGUAUGCUUGAAUAGUGAAACUGAUGUCUUAUGAAGAAAAACUUGUCAUUUAUGUAAAAUUGAAGCCAUGGUUUCAUGACUUGCAGUUGGAAAGUUUGAUGAAAUGAAAUAUUUUUGAAUACUCUAUUAAAAAAUGAAUUAAAAAAAUAAA